AUGACCCCCUUCCCUCAAGAGCCCCCAAGCCAUCUGCAGCGAAUCACCACAGAAGAGAGUGUGGAUAUAGUACUUUGGAUCACAGGACAAGAGGAAGGCAUUUUUCACGAAAGCAAAGCAGAGCUUGAGCAGAUCAGCCCCCGCGCGCAGGGUACAAAUCUGAGCAUCGUAUUAGAUCAUGAGAAAGCCGCCCUGUGCAGCAUUCCCUAG